AACUUCAGUUAAUUGUAGGUUAAGUUUUUCAAAAAUUAUUUCACAUAAAUUUAAACUAAGGUUUAUAGAAAAAUUUAACGAACUUUCUGAAUAUAUAAAUUUCCAGUUAAUAAAAGCCCACCAAAUAAUAAACAUGAUUAAAGAACAAGAUUUUAUGGCAGGAGUGCAACAUGCUAUGAGACUUCCAGUUCGUGCCCGAUGUGCGGAACUAACCGUUCUUUUAGAUAGGGGUAACUUACUAGAACUGCACAAUUUCUUUCCAGUCUUGAUAGAAAAUAUAUUUGGACCUCAAGGUACUUUGUCAUGGGGACUAAGGUCCACAACAGAAUCAGAAGCAGAAGACUUUAGACAGUUACAGCAUUUUUUGUCACCAUGUGGACCUGUUUUUAAACUAAUAUACACAUUACUCAGGGAUCCUAAUAUUAGAUAUGAGUUUUCAUUAGCAUAUUUACCAUUGAAAAUACGACAGUUUUUAGAAAAUUCACAAGGGCAUCCAUUUUAUUCAGAUUUAUUACAUGUAAAUGUUCAAACUAAGCAGAUUGUGUCUCUUAUGUUAAAUGCUUUUGAUUAUUAUAUAUUUCAUUUUGCCUAUCACCUGAUAAAUCCUUGGCAACAGAGGGCUGGAUCUUCCUGUUGGAAUACAGUUUAUUAUGUACUAUGCUGUGAUUAUAUUCUACAUUUCCUACCCACCGAUCCCGGAACGUCGGUUUUACCUGUAAUUUAUUACAACGGCAAGAAUCCUGUUCAAACAACCAAGAUAUAUUUAGUGGACAAGCCACAAAGUUCAGGACUCAUACAAACAAAAAAACAAAUAAAAGAUGAAACUAUGCAGACUAAUUUAGACUAUCAUCAUCCAAGAAAUGAUAUUUGGAGAAGCGAGACUGUACUUACUGUUUUUACAGAUAUGUGGUUGCACAAUAAUCAAGUCACUGAGACUACGAAUACAUUGAAUACAUUAAAUACGUUAAAUAUUCCACACGCAUCGAGAUUUUUACAACAUAAUGAACUUCCAACUGGAGAGUACAUGCGGAUAGUGAGGGUUUUAAUAAAACAGCUGCACUCGUUUCACCAAAGCGCAAGAGCUGAUGAUACGCAUUUAGGAGAAUUGAAGAAAUUGUCUAUACCGAUGAUACAAGGAAAAUUUUAUAUCUUUUUAAGAAACCUAAUACAUCGAUGGCCGUUGGAUGGCUCCUUCAGACUGGUUUUGGAGCUUUGGUUGACUUUUAUACAACCGUGGAGAUAUCCACCUAGCAACCUUAUUAAGCAUAUAAAUAAAAAAGAAAUGAAUCCAUACAUUGAUGAUCUGGCGACAGCUCCACAAACUGAGGUAGAUGUAGAAUUUAUACCCUUUAUUGCUGAAAAUUUACUCUCUUACACAGUUAUUUUUCAACAACUGCUACCAAGGUUUGGCAGAGUUGACUUAAUCAGCCCCAAGAUGUCGUUGAUGCUAUAUAGAAUUGCAAAGGUUUUUGACCAACCCAACUUACCUAAAUUCUUACGUGAUAUUGAGCAGUGCGUUGAUAACAACAACUCCCCCACACAUUCCUACAACAAACAUUGGGUCAACAACUUACCUCCAUUGUCACCUACGACAAACUGGUCGACGAACACCACUGUACAGAAUUUAACCUUUUCGGAAAGUUUUCAGAGUCAGAAGUCCUCUCCCAGUAAUACAUUUUUAAUUAGUAGGGGUGGUUCAGAGAAAAAGUGGUCAGCAAUGGUCAGACAGAAAAUUUUUGAACUAGAAGGUAUUCGAUUUAAUUUUCCAAAUAAAAAAAUCAGUAAGGGACGCAGAAGACAUUGUCAGAGCCAAAGAAAAAGAAGAACAAGAGAUGUUUUCUGGAUUCUGGGUAACAUUAAGUACUUUUUCAUUGGAACGGAUCCAAACGAUGAAUUUACUCUAAGGGAACGUCAAAAAGUUCCUCUACAUCUACAAGUUGCCCUUCAGAAUAUAAUGGACAUGUUUAAUAUUAGUCAUGAGAUUACAGAAAGAGAAUAUGAACCGUUGAAUGUUACUCCCGUCACCAUGAAUACAUCGAAUGAUUACUUGUUUUUAACACCAGAAAGAAUACGAGCUCGCGUAAAAAAUAUUAAAUAUGAAGGUGAUCCAGAUCUCAGACCAAUACAAAGUUAUGAAAAUGCCUUUUUGGUUCGAACUCUAUACCAGAUUUCCCAAAAACUUAACGAAAUCGGGGUGUCUAGCGUAUUUACCGUCCAAGCGCUCUUUGGUCUUGAUGCAACACCAGUUGAGGAGUGUUAUUUUGAAUUCCUGAGAGCACGUUUUCUUUACAUGUGGCGUGGAGGACCAUGCCUUAAGACAGUUAGCCAGUAA